UGCAAGUAAUUAAGCAUAGAGCUCCAAAACAUAAUGAAAUGGAAAGAUAAAAGGUGCGCUCAUUCUCAAUGCAUCAAGCAGGUUUCUGGUUAAACUAAACUUGACAUUGAUCCAGACAAACCUAAAAAAUAAAAUGCUAUGAUUUAAAAAAAAUGAUUUCUUCGGUAACGCAAACUCUUUUUUGGUUAGACAACAAUGCACUGUUAAUAAAGUGUCAUAGGCACUUGACUGAGGCAGAUAAAGCUUGAAAAGCUUCCCCCCAAGCACAUUCUUCUCGGUCAGUAUUUCCAAGUGUCAUGACCUCUAUUACUUUGAUGACAUGUGUAAAGGAGAAAACUAAAACUCAGCCUCCAAGCUCCAGACAUGGUGUACAAAGACAUUUUCAAUCCAAGGCCAUCAUCACCCUUCCAUUCCCUCCCUAUAUUUAAUGCCUUCAAGCCACCUUCCAUAGUUCCCUGCCACAAAACCAAUCACAUUUUCAGUGAAUCUUUUACAUGAAUGAAAAUAAAAUAUGAAACUACACAUCAUCCAUGAUGAGCACUGAACAAGCUGUUGCAUCCCACAAUCAUUUUGUUUUUUAAUAAUUGCUUCCAGCAAACAAAAUCUUACCUAGACUCGAUUCUAUCUUGUUCCUUGGAGAUGUUAAAUAAUGGAAGCUGCAAGAAGAGCUCUGUGCGUAAGCGAUCCGUUUAACCCGCUCAUUACAACCUUCGCGCAGUCUGCUGGCAUUCUUGUCAUCUCUCAUUGCUUCCACCUUUUCUUGAAACAAUUCGGACAGCCUGGACCUGUUGCACAGAUCUUGGCUGGAAUUGUUCUAGGUCCCUCAUUGUUGUCCCGCAUCCCCAAAGUUAAUCGAUUCUUUAUUCAGUCGAGUACCGCGGAUUAUUAUGAAGUAAUCGAAACCAUUUUCCGCACAGUUUUCAUGUUCUUGAUAGGCCUAGAGAUGGAUAUUCCUUACAUGAGGCGAAGCUUGCGCAAAGCAAGCAUUAUUGCAUCUAGUGGGGUGAUUGUAGGUGUCUUGUUUGGUAUUGCUGUAUCCAUUUCCCUCAUCAUUUUGUUAAAAAUAAAAUCCCAACAUUUUGAUUUUGCCACUAUUAUCAUAAUAGCAUUAACGAACUCGGCAUCUCCUGUAGUUUUUCGACUGGCAGCUGAACUGAAGUUUCUGACUUCAGAUACAGGUAGAUUGGCAGUCUGUGCUUCUUUGAUUACUGAAAUGUUUUGCGUGUUAUGGAGGUCAGUUAGCCUCGCAGUGGAUCCAUGGAAAAAUUUAGGAACAGGGAUUCUUUUCCUUCUUAUGACCGUGACACUCGUAGGUAUAAACAAGUAUUUGGCUUCGUGGUGUAACCAGAGGAUUCGGAACCAAAAAUAUGUGACGAACACAGAGUUUUUAGUCUUCUUGUUCCUUUUAAUAGCUGCCGCACUUUUUAUUGAAGAAUAUGGUUACAACAGUGCAAUAUCUUGCUUUUUGUUGGGCUUGAUGUUCCCUAGGGAGGGCAAAACUACUCGGACAUUGUUGCAUAAACUCAGUUACGCUACAUACAACUUCAUACUUCCAGUGUACUUUGGCUACAUAGGUUUUCAGCUUAAUGUUUCUAUUUUGGGUAGAUUGAAAUCUUUGAUCACGGUUAUUGUGAUGAUUGCAAUGUCCAUCGCAACUAAAAUUAUUGGCACGCUAGUUGCUUGCCGUUACCUCAAGAUCUCAACAGACGAGAGUAUUGUACUUGGCUUUUUACUCGAUUUGAAGGGAAAUGCCGAACUUCAGAUCUUGGGAAAGCUGCCAAAGGAAACUUUGAAACAGUGGGAGGAAGCGGAUGUUCACGGUAUGGUGCUAACUGUUGUGGUGAUUAACACUGUGAUAGCAGGAGUGGUAGUGGCUCAUAUAUUAAGGAAAAAAGAAGAGUAUUUUUCUCACAGCCAUACCUCAAUUGAAUUAGGAGAACCGGAGAGUGAACUUCGAAUGCUGGCUUGUGUCUACGGAUCUCGGCAUAUAUCAUCGAAAAUUGGGUUAAUCUCUGCUUUUAGUGAAUCUCUCAAAACACCAGUCACCGCUUACCUGAUGCACCUAGUUGAGCUCCCAAAGAAACGCACCAAGAAGAAUUUGAUGUACCACCAGCUACAAGAUGGUGAUCAAUACAGUGACGAGGAGGACUAUGGCGGAAAUGAUGUUGUGGAGAUCAAUGAUGCUGUGGAUGCAUAUACAAUGGAGACCAAAGUAUUGAUCCACCAAAGGAAAGUUGUGUCUUACUUUGAGAGAAUGUACGAGGAUGUGUGUGAUUCCAUUGAGGACUUGCGUGUUUCAAUCAUAUUUCUGACUUUUCACAAGCACCAGCGCCUUGAUGGGAAGAUGGAGAGCGGAAAGGAUGGAAUGAGAACCACUAACCAUAAGGUUAUGCGUCAUGCCCCAUGCUCGGUAGGGAUCUUCGUGGAUCGAGGGCAGACAGGAUUUCAACAACCUAGUUCACAAUCUGUGCAAAAUAUAGCAACAUUAUUUUUCGGCGGCCCUGAUGAUCGUGAGGCAUUGGCGUGUAGUAAAAUGAUUUCAAACCAUCCUCACAUUCAUUUGACACUCAUACACUUCCAGAAUUUACCAUCAAGCAAACAGACAGAGUACACCAAUGAAAUACUCCACAGGAAUGAUGAGUUACUGAUGGAAAUGUCAAAUCACGAGAUUGAGGCUGAGAUUGACAGGGCAUAUACGCAGGAUUUCUAUAACAGAUAUGUGACGUCGGGUCAAGUUGGAUAUGUAGAGAAGUAUGUUGAGAAUGGGACUCAAACAGCAGAAGCUCUAAGAGACAUACAUGAUACCUUUUCAUUGCUCAUUGUAGGAAAGGGUGGUAGAGGGAACUCACCUAUGACAACUGGUAUGAGUGACUGGGAGGAGUGUCCAGAGCUGGGGACAGUCGGGGACCUUCUGGCUUCUUCAGAACUUAACACCAACAGUUCGGUUUUGGUCAUUCAACAAUAUCGACAUUCGAGAAAUGACCUUAAUUAGGGAUUGUCAGACAUCUGAUAUGCACAUAUAUUAAUGUACAUAUAUAUGUGAAAUUGUUAGAUAGUUAUUGUCUAUGGUUUUCAUUCGAA